CAUGCACACAUCAAAUUGCUGCUAAUCGUAUUGUAACAUAUACGCUUUGAGUUGAACAGCAUGGCAGACGACGAAGAAAACAAUGGUGAUGUGCCUUUGAAAGUCCAAUUAGAGAGCAGAAAAGAGCCAAAACAAGACUUCAAUGAAGAAGAGCAAGAGAACAUUGAGCCCACCCUGAGUCCGAAACCAAUCGAAUCAGUUCCACAGAAAAAAGCCAAAUCAAACCUGGAUGAUAAUAAAGAAAAUGAUAGCAGCAGAACCAAGAAUCAUUCGUUUCGAUCGCUGAAUAACAUGUACCAACAGACAAGCGCAGUCAGGGUAGACAGACGGAGGCCUAUGAAUUUUCUGCGGAUGUCGAAUGUGGGGGUGACAGCUAAGAGAAUGGAGGACUCGAAUAGGAAGAAGACUUCGACGUUCACAGAAGAGCCGACCACGAGGCGCAACCGCACACCGCCAGGUCCCAGUUCGUACACACCGCGUGUGGAUGUGAUGAAGUACCAUGCGCCUGCCUUUAUGAUUGCAGAGAGAGACAGGGUGAAGGGAGGUGGUGGGAGGACCUCCUGGGAGACCAGCUUCUUCCUCAGUCCACACGAUGCAUGGUCCAAGAAAACCAGGUUUGACGAGUUGAACUGGCCAGCGCCAGGCCAAUACACAAAUGAAGACACUCUGUACAUCGGCAAAGAAUCCUCCAUUGCCAAGAACGCUCCAAGCUUCUCAAUGCCUACUGUGACGCGUGAAAAGAGCAGUUUGUUCACAAGCAAAGAUGCAGCACUCUUUCCAGCGAGUAUCAAAUAUGACAGAUCCACAUCCGAUUCUCAAAUGCUGAAGAAGUCGCCGACUCAUGUUAUCGGGAUCCGAGAGCGCACGAUGUUGUGGGAGAAACGAGAGGAAACUCCAGCUCCAGGGUACUACUUGCCGAACUUGAAAAAUGUGAAAACAAAGCAACCAUCAUUCAGUAUUCCAAAAACUAAACGCGAGAAAAGAAUGGACCAAGUUUUAGGACCAAUCAGGACUUUCUGAGACGAACACUGAAACUUAUGCGUUUAAAAUUAGACAUUCAUUUUGUGUUGCUUAUAAAAUAAAUCGAUGUAACUCGU